AUGGUGCUCCACCGGAAGAAGCGGAGGACAGAGGCGGGCAAGGCCGAGACUGAGCCGGUGGAUGAUGGUUUCGGCGACAAGAUAAUUAUCAAGUUCAAUGACGCCGUGAGUAGCGAAGUGGGCGACCAGUUGGAGGUGCCGUUGGAUUGUCAAUUGGAGCAGUUGAAGAGUGUGCUCAAGUCGUACUUGACGGAGGAGGAGCAGCUGGAUGACUACUCACUGGUCGUGAGCGGGUUGGGCGUGGAGAUCACGACGACAAUUCGCGCUGCGCUGCAUGGGGCGGUGGAGCGGGGAAUGAGUGUGAGUACGGAGGACACGCUGAUGAUUUCGUACUACAGCCUUACCCCCUUCAAGGUUCGUCCGGUUGCACGGCUCUCAGGGUCUCUGCGCGGGCACACUGGAACUAUCUUGUGUUUGGCGUUCUCCCCGGACGGCAAAUCGAUGGCUACCGGGAGUGGUGAUUGCCAAGUGCGAUUGUGGGACCUUUCCACGGUGACCCCUAUAUGUGUGCUCAAGGGCCACACACGUCCGGUCGUCUCCUUGGCUUGGUCUCCAGACUGCAAGUGGCUCGCUUCCGGUAGCGAAGACAAGAGUGUCCGGGUGUGGCAGGCCGACAAAUGCUUCACCAGCUCUCAGCCGGAACCCAAAGUCCUCAGACUCCACACAGACACCGUCACUGCAUUGGACUUCAUGCCCAUGCACCUGCACAAGCAGUGGCAGAACGGCGCGCCGUUGCUUCUCUCGGGUGCGCGAGACGGCACCGUCAAGAUUUGGAACACGUGUCUGGGCAACGUCGUCAGCCAUCUCAACGGACACGCAAAGAUGGUUACUAGUGCUCGCUGGUCUGGCGCGAGCGAGGCCGUCGACGACGAGGGCAAGUCGUGCACAGGCCCCUUUGUCUACUCCGCCAGCAGGGAUAUGACUGUUCGCGUUUGGUCCGCCCUCACCGGUCUCCCCAUACGGGUUGUCAAAUGCCAUGGCCACUGGGUGAACGCACUGAGUUGCAAUACCGACGGUAUCAUAAAAAGGGGACCCUACGACCACAACGGAGAGCUCCCUUCCGCUGCCCAGACGCCUUUCAAGCUUGCCGAAGAAGCGUGGAACAAGGAAUUCCGAAACCUGGGCGAGGAAAGAGUCGUCACCUGCAGCGAUGACAACACGCUCAGUCUCUGGGUCUUGCUCAAAAACGACCAGAGGGUCCAACAGAUGACCGGCCAUCAAAAGGCCGUGUGCCACGCGUGCUUCUCACCCAACGGCCGUUACGUCAUUUCUGCCGGGUUCGACUCCGCAAUCCGACUUUGGGACGGACGAACAGGCAAAUUCCUACACACGUAUCGAGGCCACGUCGGCCCCGUUUACCAAGUCAGCUGGGCACCCGACUCCAAACUUUUUGUCUCCUGCAGCCGAGACUCCACUCUAAAAGUCUGGGAUACAAGCGAGAGAAAGCUCAAGGAAGAUUUACCCGGCGCUGCAGAUGAAAUAUAUGCUGUCCAAUGGAGCCCUGAUUGCGCAAGAGUUGCGUCAGGAGGAAGGGACAAAAUUGUCAGGAUCUGGUGUCACUAA